AUGACCACCACCAUGGAGAAAUCUAAAAACUUUCGUAUUGAUGCGCUACUGGCGCACGACGAGGAGCAGAGGACGGGCAGUGAUGGUGCGCCCCCAGGGUUGUAUUACAGCAGAAGUCCAGGCGGCAGUCCGGUGUCAACCCGCGGCUCAGAGACGCCCUCCCCUCAUCCGAACCCGACAAACUCCUCUCCAGCACUGCCAGGAGUGCUGUCCAAAUCGCAGCUUUUCAGCUUGUCCCAGUCAGGCUUCACUGCUUUGCACCAAGGGGGUCUCCUCGGAAUGCACCCGGGCUCCAUGUAUCCUCUGGCAGCCUUCGGAGGCCAGCACCCAGCCUUCAUAUACCCCGGUUUUACGCAGCUGGUCCAACCAUACCCGGAGCAGCUGAAGGGGGCCAUGGCCAUGGAGCCCUGGAUCAGAGCCGGAAUGAUCAUACCCAGACUCGGAGACUAUGGAGUCCCGACCCAGGCAGGUUUGUUGGGGAAGUGCCGGAGGCCCAGGACAGCUUUCACCAGCCAGCAGCUGCUGGAAUUAGAAAACCAGUUCAAGCUCAACAAAUACCUGUCCAGGCCUAAACGCUUUGAGGUGGCCACUUUACUCAUGCUGACUGAGACCCAGGUUAAAAUCUGGUUCCAGAACAGACGUAUGAAGUGGAAGAGAAGUCGCAAAGCCAAGGACCAAGCAAUGCCACUGACUGACACAGAACGAGCUGGAAGGGAUAUUCACUGCACCAAGCCUCAGAGUGAUUCACACAGCUCGAGCCUAGAGGAUGAAGAGGAGAUAGAAGGGGAUGAGGAGGAUGAAAAAGAGGAGAUAGAAGUGCGGACAGCAGGCUCUUUAGGCUCUGGAGGCUUCAUGAGGAAUGCUGGAGGAGAAACAGGGAACUACAGUUCUUACUCUGAGGAGGAACUGGAGGAGGGAGGCUCAAGAACAAGAAGUGGGGUUUUCGCAUAG